AUGUUUUGCCCAGGGCGUGCCACAAACGGAAAAGGACACUACUGGAGCAUACAUCCUGCCAAUAUGCAAGAUUUCCUGGCCGGUGAUUAUCGCCGCCGCCGAGCUCAACGUAAAGUUCGUCAGGCUCUGGGACUGGCUUGCCCAAACGACCCCAGAGAAACACCCUCGCCACCUGCAGUAGUCACUCUGACGAGAAAAGAGCGCGAACGCUAUUACUGCAGUCGUCCGUUAUCCAGCAUCUGUGAAUUUGGUGUGCCCACGGAUAUAUCAACUGUGGCAAGAAUGAAUGCACCAAUAUCCACCACCGAGUUUUCAUAUUACAUGAGUCAACUCCUGCCACAUUUUCGUCCAAUACCUACAAUGCCAGUGCAUAAUACCCAAAUGUCCGACACUCACAAAUCACCAGUUUUCUGCGCUGAGCCCGAUAAAGUCAUCAACGGACAUCCGAGUCUAUUUUGUUCAGUCCUGCAAAGGAAAUUAUCUCUGUGCGCAUUAAAUCCCUGUGAGAGUUUGGACAAAACAACCUCACCGGAUAGGACCGAACCCAGACUAGUAGGUCAGAACGGAUUCUCUGUGGCUCGAAUUCUCGCCGAACCGAAUACACAAGAUGCCAGUUGUCGUCUCACCAUAAGACCAAAGAUGAGUGGUAGGAAGCUUUCGCAUAAAGAUUAUCUAUUCUGA